GAAUGGACAGACUGACAGACGGACGAAUGGACGGACGGAUAGGGAUCAUCAUUUCCUGAAUCUCUUUUUGUCUUCCCCUGGCAGGCUCAGCUCCACAGCAUCAUGAACAAGAUGAAGAACUUUAAGCGGCGCUUUUCUCUGUCCGUCCCUCGCACCGAGACCAUCGAGGAGAACGAGUUCACUGAGCAGAUCAACCAGCUCAACAUCCGACACACUCAGGCUCUAGCCCCAGACAGCCUGGCACUGCCUUCUCUGUCCACCGAUGCCAGCCCGGUGAGCUCUGAGCCAGACACCCCAGGAGCACAGUCCCCCUCCCAGUUUCACUACCGGAGCAAGGCCCACAGGCGCUUCUCCAUGGAGGACGUCAGCAAGCGCAUGUCUUUGCCCAUGGACAUCCGUCUGCCUCCAGAGUUCCUCAAGAAGCUCCAGAUGGAGAGUGAGAACUCGGCCGACAGCAAGCCCCUCACUCGCAUGUCCAGAAGAGCCUCGCUGUCAGACAUUGGUUUUGGCAAACUGGAGACCUAUGUGAAGCUGGGAAAACUAGGCGAGGGGACGUACGCCACAGUGUUUAAAGGGCGUAGCAAACUGACAGAGAACCUGGUGGCGCUGAAGGAGAUCAGACUGGAGCACGAGGAGGGAGCGCCCUGCACAGCUAUCAGAGAAGUUUCCCUACUGAAGAACCUGAAACAUGCAAACAUCGUUACCUUGCAUGAUAUUAUACACACAGACCGCUCCCUCACACUGGUGUUUGAGUACCUGGACAGUGAUUUAAAACAGUACCUGGACAACUGUGGGAACCUCAUGAGCAUGUACAACGUCAAGAUCUUCAUGUUCCAGCUGAUGAGAGGUCUGUCCUACUGUCACAAGAGGAAGAUCCUCCACAGAGACCUCAAACCUCAGAACCUGCUCAUCAAUGAGAAGGGGGAGCUCAAACUGGCUGACUUUGGUCUGGCGCGCGCCAAGUCUGUCCCCACCAAGACCUACUCCAACGAGGUGGUGACAUUGUGGUACCGCCCUCCAGAUGUGCUGCUGGGCUCCACAGAGUACUCCACACCCUUAGACAUGUGGGGCGUGGGCUGCAUCAUGUUUGAGAUGGCCACGGGCCGGCCCAUGUUCCCUGGAGCCACCGUGAAGGAGGAGCUCCAUCUGAUCUUCAGACUCAUGGGUACCCCCACAGAGGAGACCUGGCCGGGCAUCUCCAACAAUGAAGAAUUUGCAUCCUACCUCUUCCCCCAGUACAAAUCCCAACCGCUCAUUAACCAGGUGCCCAGGCUGGAUGCAGAGGGGAUAGACCUGCUGUCUGCUCUGCUCAUGUAUGACACAAGGACCAGAGUCUCGGCUGAAGGUUCUCUGAGGUACCCCUACUUCCUGGCUCUGGGAGAGAGCAUCCACAGCCUGGCAGACACUUCUUCAGUGUUCUCCCUCAGAGAGGUACAGCUGCAGAAGGAUCCAGGCCACCGGAGCUCAGUGUUCCAGCCUCCAGGUCGGGGGAAGAACAGAAGACAGAGCAUCUUCUAGAGCAGCGGACAGAGGAGAGACAGCGAGCAGCCGCUCUGAAAACAGAGAAGAAAUCAUCUGUGGAGAUCUUCUCCCACCUGUAAAACACACACAGACACAAACAAUCCAAUUCACCUUGUUUUUGUCAUGUCAAUGAAGCAUGGACAUAGUUAAGGAUUUCUAUAUAUGAACUUGCACUGCGCCUCAAUCCCCCCCUCUCCCUUGAGCUGAGUUGAGGUGAGCCUUUUAGUAUAGUCACAAACACUGGAUUAUUUAGAUGUUACAUUAAAACACACUGAAUAGCCUGGUACUACAGUCCCACACACUGAGUAUGCACUGCGGCCAUACGGUACCUAUAGUCAAGACACUGGACCCUACCAACCUCAGAAGCAUUGGUUGUGUGCAUGAGUACAUUUUAAAGCAGCUAGAUUUGUAUAUGAUAACGCACACAUCCACAUACAUACACACACAUGACCAUGCAUACACACACACACACACAUCCAGACACAUGCCCGCAAAAUUCCUCAACUAUUGCCACAAAACAACAAUAUUGCUACUAUUUAAAUACACGUCCACCUUCUUAACUGUACAAGACCAAAUACCACAAUAUGUGGGGUAAAUAUAAAUUCAGAUGGUAAAUAAAUGUCUACAAUCACCCAAUGAUUUAACUCCUUGUGGAUUGUCAUGACAGUAUUACAGUACAUUAGUAAAUUUCACUCUUUUGAAGUUGCCUUAGUAAAAUGUGCAUGACAUUUCACGUGUUGAGAAUAUGAUAUAGACAUCUAGAGUAGCCUUUGUGUUGGAGGAUAUUUUCUUUGUUUUUGUAAAAACACACUAUCAAGUGUCCGUAUUUUAAGUCUCUCCUAUUUGCACAAACCAGAAGUUUCCUCUGAAGAAAGUUCCUUUCCCUCCUCCUCCAUCACCAGGCAGGCCAAGUCCAAACACAAACUGUCGUCUCGUCCCCUAGUUCUUUCCCCUCUUAUCCUGCAGUUCUGAAGACAGUAUCAGGAGGCUUGGGAUGUUGUGACCAGGCCCAGAUUCAUCCUCCUCCUAUCUUAUGCUCCUUUCCUCACAGUCCCCAGAGCACUACUGAGCACCAUGAGUAGCACGCAGACAGGGGUACAAGAUGUGGUUGGCUGGGGUUGUGAGGUGGACUUCAGGUGUGGUGGAAGUUAGCAUUGGACGACCUGGAUAAUAUUCUGUGGAGAGACACAGAACCUUGAGACCCUACCCUGAGAUAGAGUCUGGCUCUCAGUAGUCUGCUGUGGCAUUCUCCCCUUCUCUCCUUCACCUAAAUGAAGGGUAGUACCGUAGCAGGAGUCUGACUGCAGAGCUUUGAGUCAACCUAUGCGUUUCCAGAUCAAUCCAGAUAACCAGAGAAGAGAAGCACCCUGAGGCUUGGUGUAGCAAUACUCUAAAACAGCUUCCAUACCUUGACUAUAGUCUUGGGCCCAGCUAACAGAGUGAAAGAUCUGAUAGUUGAAAGCAGAGUGAUGUAUGCCUAGGAAGGACCUUGUGGGAGAGAUGUAAUUGUGUUACACUUUAAAUUGUCCCCUCUUUAUCUUAACACCCCUGGGGCUGAAGUAUUACUGUAUGUGUUUAGUUGUGGUAAAUGAAGCUAUUUUAAAUACUGUAAUUUGAAAUAAUAUAUAUGUAUUUUAACAGAUGUGUCCAUCUUUCUCAGUGAAUUUUAUGCCAGACAGACGAAACAAGAUAUGACUGUAUUAAAUAAUUGUAGAUUAUAUCUAAAUGUUUUAUAAAAGAUAUAAAGUAUAUUUAGAUUUUGUAUGAAAUGUGAUAUUCAAUAUUUUGUGUGAUUUGUCUACGCUGUUAUUAAAACAAGAGAUUGAAUGUAUUGUGACUGCCAAUAAGCCAAAAGUGAUCGAAUAAUGAAUAACUAAUGAAUAAAUCAAUAAACGAUUCUGAAGCACACACA